CCGGGGAAAACCAGCCUAGGGGGCACUUCCGAGCAAGGGAGGGGAGCGGAGGGAUCGCAAGGGAGACAAAGGGAAGGGAGGGCAUGAAGGAAGGGAAAGGGAGAGGAGAGGGGAUCAGCUGAGUUAAAUCACCCAAGAAAAGCUCUUCCCCCCCACCCGACACAUCCCUCAGAAGCGCAGGGAAAGGUCCCGUCCCGCCGCCCGCCUCCCCCCCCCCCCCCCCCCGCCCCCGCCUUUGGGCUAGAAGACAAAGCAGCAAGUGGCCCCAUGGGGAAAGGGGGCGAGCAAGGAGGGGAGCCGGAGGCGCAGAGCCGCUUCUACACCUGGGAGGAGAUCCAGAAGCACAACCUGAGGACGGACAAGUGGCUGGUGAUAGAGCGCAAGGUGUACAAUGUCACCAAGUGGGCAAACAGGCAUCCGGGGGGGCAGCGAGUCAUCAGCCACUGCGCCGGCGAAGAUGCCACGGAUGCAUUCCAGGCCUUCCACAUCAACCCCACCUUGGUGCAAAAGUUUCUCAAGCCGUUACUCAUUGGAGAGCUUGCUCCAGGGGAACCCAGCCAGGACCGAGAUAAAAACGCCCAGCUGGUGGAGGAUUUCCGGACGCUGAGGAAGACAGCAGAGGACAUGAACUUGUUCAGAGCAAGUCCUUUGUUCUUCUCUCUUUAUUUGGGCCAUAUUAUUGCAAUGGAAGUUUUGGCUUGGUUAAUGGUGUCAUACCUCGGCACUGGCUGGAUCACAACUCUCAUCCUCGCCUGCAUCCUUACAACUUCCCAGGCCCAGGCAGGGUGGCUGCAACAUGAUUUUGGACACCUCUCUGUCUUUAAAAAGUCUUCCUGGAACCACAUCGUCCACAAGUUUGUCAUUGGACACCUGAAGGGCGCCUCUGCAAACUGGUGGAACCAUCGUCACUUCCAACACCAUGCCAAGCCCAACAUAUUCAAGAAGGACCCAGAUGUGAACAUGCUGCAUGUUUUUGUCCUCGGAGAUACACAGCCUGUUGAGUAUGGCAAGAAGAAGCUGAAGUACCUGCCUUACAACCACCAGCACGAGUACUUCUUCCUCAUCUUCCCACCUCUGCUCAUCCCCGUGUAUUUCCAAAUCCAAAUCAUCUCGACCAUGAUCAGGCGCAGGUUCUGGGCGGACCUAGCCUGGGCCAUCAGCUACUACAUGCGCUACUUCAUCACAUACAUCCCAUUCUAUGGCGUUCUGGGAUCCCUGUUUCUCCUCACUUUUGUCAGGUUUCUGGAGAGUCACUGGUUUGUGUGGGUCACCCAGAUGAAUCACAUUCCGAUGGAAAUCGACUGCGAGAAGCACAGAGACUGGCUUAGCUCUCAGUUGGCAGCCACCUGCAAUAUCGAGCAGUCCUUUUUCAACGACUGGUUCACCGGGCACCUGAAUUUUCAGAUCGAGCACCACCUGUUUCCAACAAUGCCACGGCACAAUUUCUGGAAGGUGAAACCUUUGGUGAAGUCAUUAUGUGCCAAGUAUGGAGUCCCAUACGAAGAGAAGCCUCUUGGAAAAGCAUUCGUAGACAUAGUUGGGUCCCUGAAGAAAUCUGGAGAUCUAUGGCUGGACGCUUACCUCCAUAAGUGAACAUGAAUCUUAAUGGGGAGGCGUGAGUGACAGGGAGGGAUGGGGGGGUGCGCGGGGGGGAAAUCACGCGUGUGUCUCUUGCUCUCAGAUUUCAGUCUAUAUCUACGUGCGCGGGUGGAGGGGAGUCUCCUGUCUUGUGAACUGCCGCUGGUAGGGGCUCAGGCAACCUCUUUAAUCCGGAUUUUAAAUGCGCUUCAGAGGACGAAGCGUUUGUGCAUUUGUACGGCACAAAACAGAAGGUUGGGAGAGGAUGGAGAGAAGGAAUGUUUAAAAACAGGGGCGUUAAUAUCCGACCUUGACCUUCUCUUCACAAGAUUCACUCUAAUUCCGCCUAAACCACACAAGCCCCUGAGUCACAGACACUUAAGACUCAUGAGGCUUCAGUGAGUAUUUGCAAUCCAAGGACACCCCAGUCAGCUUAUGCCUUUUUCCCUUUUCCCAUAUUUGUGUAGAAGAGGAGCUCAGCACGGAGUUCCGUUAUCAAGGAAAAAAAUAAGGUGGUCCAUGAUCCCCACCCCAACAGGGAGCUCAGGUGGGCUGUGACGCCCGUCAGCGCCUGCGGGAAUCGCAUCCCACAGGGACCGGCUCCUGCCGUACCCCGAGGGAGCUUCCAACCCUGCCCAGACCCCGGCUGCCGCGGGCUCCCUCCUUCCUCUCCCUCCUUCCUCUCUUUCUCUAAUCAUAGCAUCACUUUGGUAAAAGCCGUGAUACCGACCCCGCACAACUAACAUCUAACCGCCUCUCAGCAGGCUUGAUAGAGCUGUAUUUUUAGAACCAGCCCCUAUUUCCAGGGGUCCGAAGACCUUUGGGCUUAAACAACAAAACGUCUCCUUUAGGAGAGGGUCUGUUUUCUCUGCAACGAGCGACAGGUCUGGCACAGCGUUAUGGUUGUCAGUAACUUACACAAAAGACCAAAGUAAGUCACAUCAGCAAAACUUAACUGAUUGCUCCGGAGUGCUCCAGCGUAACCACAAACGCUCUUUCCAGCGGAGCAGUUGGGCAGCGGGCCGCAAAAACACCCGGCUCCGCCUGCCUGCACCCGCCUGGCGGAAACCAGCCCCCCUCCUGCUUGUCGGAGGCCGGGAGCAAUGGCACUGCCUACCCUUCUCUUGGGAACAAUCAGCAGAGAAAAUAAGUUCUCCCUGCCCAAGGAGAAGGAGCUGCCCAACCACUCGACCUGGCUCCCAGGGCCUUCGGGGAGGCAGCUGAAAGCAGAACCGACCAGGCUGUGCUGGCCAUCAGAAACCUUCUGGAGAACCCUCUUACAAGUUGUCUAAAACUCUAUUUUCUGCCCAGCACCUAAUUACCACAACCCAUGGGUCAGGAGAUACGGCUGAACGGCUUCCAGGUGCUUUUCUAACAGGCAACCUGAUCCCAAAUAAACCAAGGGCUUUAGAUUCAGUUGUAAUACAGGAGCGACAUGCUCUUUAGUUUAUGAUAAAGGGCCGUGGUUUCAAAAGUAGUCUCCAGUUCCAACAGCUGUCUCAAAACACCCGAUGGGGAUGCUCGUUAUUAGGCAAUGACUUUGCACGCCUCGUUAUUUUGCUCAGCUCUGAAACUGGAUCCUCUCUAUCGAACCCUCGAAUGCUAACAGCGUCCCAGAAAAUCAGCAAAGACAACGCCAGGACUUAAAAAAAAAAAAAAAAAUGGUGUAUUCCCACCCCCCUCUUCGGAGAAUAAGACGAGAUUAUUUCUUUGCUUACAGAUGGGAAAAAUCAUAGGCAGGGCUGCAACUUAACCUAGCUAGCAAUACUUAAGUUUUAAAAAGCGCUUAUUUUGGUGUUCUUGCUCGCCCCUAAGCUGGCAAUACCCGAAUGGCACUAUGAGUGGUUAGAAUUAAAAGCUACCGUCUCCGGGGUGUCUGAAGCUCAAACAGAUUUUGAGAAAUUGUUACAGUUGAUUUCUAAUAGCACAAACAAUAACGUCCUUCUGGAAGCUGUCAUUUCCCAGACAGGCGGUAACGGGCCAGGCUGGGAUUGUGGCUACCGUCGUACAGACUGCCUUAAUAUCUGCAUCUCCUUCUGACUCUUUGAAUGUACCUCCCUGUCUCGGCUCCAGCACGGAUGACCACCAGCACACAGCAGCAGCGAUGCAAUCUUUUAAAUAUUCAGCUUGGUUUUCGGACAGUUCAUAUUUUUUCACCCCUCCAGUUCCUAUUUCCAGAGCAAAUUUUUCUCAAUAGAGAUGCCUCUUCCUCUGUAGUGCUGUCCCCUCUUCUCUCUCUUACCUUUCUUCUUGGGAAAGUGGUUUUUAACAACUAGAGCAACUGCAGGCAGCUGAUAGCUCAGCCUGGGUAAAUAAUCCUGCUUUAGCAGCUUGCCUUCCUUUUUGCCACUGACCAGUCUACUGGAAGGACUGUUUUUCUGCUAAAAACUCAAAGUACUGCCAACGCAACAGCCUGGCCUGACAGUGCCUAGGAGGCAGCAGCUCCUACUGACGAUGGCGGAAAGAACUGGAAACAUUCAAGGAGAACAACCACGCUGCAACGGCCUGCAGAAGAAAAGGCCAGCUCUUAGGCAAACGGGCAAGUUUUGCCCCAAGAUACCAACGGGAAGAAAGGGGGGGACCAGGAGAGGUCUUGAUACUAACCCUUCCCCAGCUACUUGCUUCUUUCAGACUCUUCAACAAAUUCUCUUUUCAUGAAAAAUGUUCAGUUGCUCAAAUCCAGAUAAUAAAAACUGUGCAAUGUUAUGGUCAGAA